GCCCCACCUCACCUGGCCCCAGCCGGGCGCGCCCCCAGCACCAGUGCUCGUGCGUGCCCCUCCUCCGCCCUCCCGGGGCUGUGCGGCGCGCGCCGGCUCUGGGCGGGGCCCUGCAGUGGCGGCGGGGCUCCUCCUCCUCCUCCUCCGUCCCAGCGCCUCCCCGACCUCCCCCUCGGGCACUCUCGCGCUCACUGCGCUCCUCCGGGGCCCCUCCGCCAGCUCCCAGCCAUGGUGGUCUGGCGCUCGGCCUUCCUCAUCUGCCUCGCUUUCUCCUUGGCCGCUCUGGUCCAGAGAGGAUCUGGGGACUCUGAUUUACGUCUGGAGGAUGCAUUGAAAGAAACUUCCUCAGUAAAGCCGAGAUGGAACCAUGGCACCACCACAACUAAGAGGCCAGGAACAACCAGAGCUCCAGCAAAGCCUGCAGAUGAUGAUUUUAACUUGGCUGAUGCCCUGGAUGACCGAAAUGAUCGAGAUGACGGCCGCAGGAAACCGAGCGCAGGAGGAGGAGGAGGUUUUUCAGACAAGGAUCUUGAAGACAUUUUAGGCGGUGGUGAAUACAAACCUGACAAAGGUGAUGGUCGGUAUGGCAGUGACGACUCUGAAUCCGGAGUGUCGGCCGAGGCCAGCACCAUCGCGGGUGUGGCCAGCGCCCUGGCCAUGGCCCUGAUCGGCGCGGUCUCCAGCUACAUCUCCUACCAGCAGAAGAAGUUCUGCUUCAGCAUCCAGCCCGAGCGCGUCUAAGCUGUAAGUCGAACAGUGACAAAGUGAGCCCCAUCUUGCCAGCCUGCGGGGACCCGGUGAGGGUGAGCAAGGAGGGCGCCCUCGCCCGUUUCACCAGCACAGCUUUGAUGUGUCACUGCUUGCUGACGCUGUCUCUAGGACUGGCGAUUUUUAGUUCAAGUGAGGGCCUGGCUCAAGCCUGGUUUUCCUCUUUCCUGAAGCUUAGGAGCAUCUCCUCUGAGGCUUCCCCUCCCUGCCCUUUCUCUGGACCUUUGCCUGGAACCAACAAAUGAGCCUGAGCCCCAGAAUGCUUAGAUGUGGGUAAUGCGGAAGUCUCCACCUCUUUGUUCCUCUGGCGAUUAUAUUUGCUUCUCUUACUCUUGUACAGCGUUCUUGACCAGGGCCACCACAUACGGUUACACAGGUUGUGCACGGUUCAUGUUUCAUUACACAAUCUGCACAACUGUUCAUGGUUGCCCCGCUUGAGAUCCUAUUGACCCACCUUGGACCCACAAGCUUGGCUGUAGAGUGGUGUGAACAGGGAGGUGUCAAGAAGGAGUAUGGAACUGGAAGCUGGAUUGCCCUUAGAGCUGUCUCUUGUCCUAGUUCAAAAGCAAACAGAGUGGCUUAAAAUGACAGAAUCUAUUCUCUCACAGUUCUGGAGGCCAGAAGUCCAAGAUCAAGGCAUCAGCAGGGUUUGUGCCUUCUGGAGGCUGUAGGGGAGGAUCCUUCCUUGCCUCCUCCAGCUUCCGGUGGCUCCGGGUGUCCCUUGGCUGUGGUCCCACCAAUCUGAUCUUUGCCUCUGGCUUCACAUGGCCUUUUCCUGUGUCUGUGUGCCUUCUCCUCGUCUCUUAUAAGGACACUUGUCAUCACAGGGUCCACCCUAAAUCCAGGAUGAUCUCAUCUUGAGAUCCUUAAUCACACUUGCAAAGAUCUUUUUCCAAAUAAGGUCACAUCCAUAGGUGGUGGGGGGCGGAGGACGUGGCCACGUCUCUGGGGGCCACCAUUCCUGCAGUACGGCAUCAUCACCCUAACAGGGAGAUGCUCAUCAUCCGUGCUGAUCAAAGCUGGGCAGGGGCUCAUAUGCCAAGGCACGGGGCUUGGAGCCAUGAGGAGGCAUGCUGGGUAACAGAGUCACAGUACGAACGGCUUCCCAGCCACUGCCGAGCGCUGGAUGUGGGGUCCCGCCCUGAGACCCAGGGCCCAGGUUUGAGGGCACCCUGACUUUAUCGACAAGGAAACAGAGGCUCAGAGGACUGUUGAAAGAACUGAGUCCAGAUGUGCCGGAUCCACAGGGGAGCCUGAGGUCAGGACAGGGAGGGCCGAGCAGUGAAGAGACCAGCAGGCGCGGGCACCAAGUGAAGUGAAAAUACCUGAUUUUCACACUUGUUUUCUAAAACCGGUGUGAGGCUUUGCAAAUUGGAUUAGCAGGCAAAGCCAAAGAAAACAUGAGACUGUGACGGCCUUGGCAUAUAGAGUUGAACGAUUUAUGUGAUACUUGAGGGAGAAUAAACCGAAGAGAGGGGGUGUUGACAGCUGCGAGCUGUGAGCGAGUCUGCGGGAGGACCUGGUUCUGCUGCCUGAGGGCAGCCUGGAGGUGGCGGCCAGUCUGCUGGUGGGGGAGGCAGGUGUGCCCGCCUCCUGCUGCAGACUUCACACCACACCUGCUGGCCCCACGCCCCCUCAGCCUCUGGAAUCUCACUGUCGCUCCGUCCCCCUCCUCGUCCCCCACUUGCCCCUCCGUCUAUCAAGGAUGUCCUUGUCGUUGCUGAACCCACGCUGUCCUGAGUCCCUUCCCUGGGCACGUUCAUGCAAGCAUGGUCCUCACACAGAAGGGAACCGAGUGUGGCGUAUGCCCCAGAUUUGAAGACCUCCCUUCCGUACCCACCCCUGCGUUAUCAGCAGUCUUCAGAACUUGUCAGUAGUCUCCGCUCCUGUCUCCGGGCCCUCCCGCGUGAGUGGGUUCCCCCUCCCAGCGUUGGUGCCCCGUGCACAGGCCUGCCCUGGGGCCGCACCUCUCCAUCAGCACGGCCACAGGCCUCUGCCUGUCCGGGGCCAGGUCUCCCCAUCCUCCAUCGGGAUGGUUCCGUCAACCUCCCGCCUGCCCCGCUCUCCCCCAUACGCCUCUCUGCUCGGAGCAGCCAGAGGGACGGCUCCGCCUGGACCUCGCACGUUCCCCACUGCCUUGCUGGUCCUGGUCUAGACGCUAAGCUUGGCCAUUCAAAGCCCUUCCUGGUUUGGCUCCAACCACGCCAGCAGCCCCUGUCUCCAGAAACCAUACUCCCUCCCCGAGCGUGCCCUCCUCUCUCCGCUGGCCCUCUUCUCACCUGGCUGCGCUCAUCCGCUCAUCCUUGGGCCUGGGGCACCCUCCCGGGAAGCCUUCCUGCCCUCCCGCCCAUGGGACUCGCUGGAUGCUGAGGCUGCGUGCUGCCACAGCGCCCCCUGCCGGCCGGGCCUGGAGCCCGCGGGGCCUUGUUGGGCUGGGUUCCUGCGUCUGUGACCGCCCACCGCCCCCGCGUCGCGCCAGGGACUGGCAGCUCCGUGGGGGACCAUGAGUGCUUCAUCCACGGAUGUGUCCCUGGCACCCAGGUCGGAAUCGGGAGGAGCCCCAUGGAUGUUUGUGGAGCAGCUAAGCCCCCUGAGAAGCUGGGGUCGGGACUUCCCAUCCUACCCUUUCUGCCAGGCCUCUGCCCAGAGUGGCCACGGCCAGCACCACAUGGAGGUGACAGAAGGCAGAGCAGAACCUGCUCUGCAUCCCGUGCACCCGGAAGCCCCAGGGAGACGGGGCGUGGCUGCCGGGGUUGGGCGGGGGGGGCUUUGGGGACCCUCUGCUUUCUGUCUCUGCCCUCAGUGAUGAAGUCACAGUGUGACAGGGUCAGUGCAUCUCGCAGAAAGCCCCUGUGGUCUGUUGCCAGGGGCUAACUUCUUACCCCAGGGUCCUAAGCUUUGUGUCUUGC